UGAGGAUCUGGCGCCCGGUGUGUUCAGUCCGCUGAGCUGAUGGACGCGCGAUGGCUCCGUUUCCCGAUGAGGUGGAUGUUUUUACCGGGCCGCACUGGCGCAUGAAGCAGCUGGUGGGGCUCUACAGCGAGAAGCUGUCAAACACCAACUUCUCCAACGAUAGAGAUUUCCGCUCGUUCCUGCGGUCUCUGCUUGCAACGUUUGAGGAGUUCAAGAUGCACGAGCAGAUCGAGAACGAAUGCAUCAUCGCACUGCUGCAGCAGCGCAGUCACACGGUGUACCACGUGCACGCCGACAACAAGCUCUCUGAGAUGCUGUCGCUCUUCGAGAAGGGACUCCGCAGUGUUAAGAGCGAGUACGAGCAGCUGAAUUACGCGCAGCAGCUGAAGGAGCGUUUGGAGGCAUUCACUCAGGACUUCCUUCCUCACAUGAAAGAGGAAGAGGAGGUGUAUCAGCCGAUGAUGAUGGAGUAUUUCACGUAUGAGGAGCUGAAGGACAUUAAGAGGCAGGUGAUGCAGCAGCACUGCUGUAAUCCAUCCUGGAGCACCGCAGCCGACGUGCUGAAGGGAUUGAACCUGUGGAGUGAAGCUGAGGAGCUGCACAAGGCCUUCAAAUACUCCGACCACGAGAAGACUGAAGACGCAGAGCGGGACGGCGAGCGCAUGCCCAUCUCCGUGCUGCCUCCGGAGGUGCUGUUGAGGGUCUUUCGCUACCUGGGUCCUCUGGAUCUGUGUCGCUGUGGGCAGGUGUGCAGUAUCUGGGCGCAGUUGGCCAAGAUGGGCUCGCUCUGGAGACAUCUGUAUCCUGUACGCUGGGCCAGAGGCGACUAUUACUGUGGUCCUCCGGGUGAGUUGGACCAGGAGCCGGAUGAAGAAUGGUUGAAGAGCCUUCAGGACGAAGGACGAGCGUAUCAGGAGUGGGACGAAGACGCAGAUGUGGACGAAUCAGAGGAGGCGUCUGCGGAUUCUCCAGCCAUUAGUGCGGUCCAGAGAGAGAAGAGACUGCUCAACGGAAUGAUCCAGAACCUUCUCCCUGCCGUUGGCCCGUCCGUGCACUCUCUCAGCCUGGCAUACAGCUUGGCCGUCUCCAGUAAGAUGGUACGACAAAUUCUCAGUUUCUGCCCGAAUCUGACUCACCUGGACCUCACGCAGACUGACGUCUCUGACUCCGCCUUUGACAGUUGGGCGGAGUUUGGGGCGUGUUGUUCGCUGGAGCACCUUGAUCUGUCUGGCUGUGACAAAAUCACCGACCGCACGCUGAAGAUACUGUCGCUGGGGUUGGGCAACUUAACGGCGUCUACAUACGCUAAGAACGGCACUGAACACGGAAUCAGGCUGCUGAAAGCCCCGCCCCCUCCAAUCAAACUGCAAGAUGAGCGUUCCCUUCCACCAAUGGGAUGCAACUGCCAGGAUCUGAUUUUUAAGAGAACGUCUGGCUCGGGAUGUGUCCCCGCCCACGCGUGGGUUCUUGAUCCUGCUAAACUCGCCGACAUCGAAGAUGCAGCCGAUUGGGGCAUGCGAGGGGGCGUGUCUGGCCAGGAAAGUUGGCGUGGUGGUUUUUUAGAGAUGGAGGGAGGUGGCGGAUGUUGCUGCUGUAGGAGAAGCUGGAGGCGGGGCUUAAAGACUGGUAUUUGCCCCGCCCACUGGCUGUUCAGCUCUAUGGGAGAUGCGCGCUGUGGACACUCCACCUGCUGUACGUCGGAUAUGCCGCUCUGGACUGUGAGAGAGCCGCAAUGUAACCUCCAGGCCACAGGGGGCAGUGUAGAUUUUCGGACUAAAUGCUCAAUUGAGGGCGACUCUUGCCCUGAGCAUCACCACAGAACUGACCAAUCAGGAGCCUGGCGGGCACUCAGGUUCCUCAGCCUGUCUGGAUGCUAUCAGGUCACGGAUCUCGGCCUGAGGUGUCUGUCUCAGCGUGGAGGGCUCCCCCUACUGGAGCAUCUGAAUCUCUCGGGCUGUCUGCUCAUCACAGGGGCGGGGCUUAACGAGCUGGUGUCUGCAUGUCCCGCCCUCAAUGUCGAGCACUUUUACUACUGCGAUAACAUUAAUGGUCCUCAUGCUGACACGGCCAGUGGAUGUCAGAAUCUGCAGUGCGGCUUCAGGGUGUGCUGUCGAUCUGGAGAGUGAUGCUCUUAUCUCUCUUUACCCCCGUUCUCUCUCCUUUCUCAUCCAUGUGCACUUUAGUCGAGAGGUCCGUUCAGGACGCUCUGACACGACAUUGUUUCCCAAAUAUCACAAACGCUUCAAAUAAAUAGAAAUUCAUCUUUGUAAACGCACCUCCUUCAAUGCUGUUUCUGCAGGGUGUUAUUGUGAAGGAUAUGUAUAUUUGUAAAUAACAGGAUCGCCGUUCACUUGAGAGAUGCUGUUCAAAAGGAAAGAAUUGGGGAGCAUGUCCCGCGCACAUUUCACUGCAGAAUCCAAAUGGAGAAAUAUGACAUUAUAUUUGGCAUAUAAAAGAAUGAGGCCCAUGUUGAAGGAAUGGGUUGGGAUUCAAUACAGGUUCAGCUCAAUCGACAGCAUUUGUGGAAUAAUGGUGAUGCAUUUCGACUCGUCCCUCCUUUUCUUUAAAAAAAAAAAAAAAAAAAAGCAAAAAUGGAGGAUCCAUUGAGACACUUACACAGGGACGGAUUACCAACCGGGCCAAUGGGGCCAGUGCCCAGGGGCCCUUGACUACCAGGGGGUGCCCUGUGCUUUAAGGCUGCGUGAUCUAGUUUGGUGUUCCCUUUCGCUUGACAACCCUUUUGGGCAUGAACAAUGACCCCUUCUCCCCUCCAAGGGGGGCCCUUGAACAUAACUCGCUAGCUUGAUUGAACAAGAUGACAUCAGUGAUCAAAAGUGAUUAUGGGUUAAGCUCGAUCAAUAAUGUUGAUUAUCGUUCCUCCUUUAAUAAAGCAAAAAUGUGGGUUCCAGUGACGCUUACAAUGGAAAUGAAUCCAUUAAAAUACUCACCGUUUCAAAAGUUUAGCCACGCGUUUAGCCAUUUUAUCAGGGUAACAAGCAAUUGAAUUACUAUAAUGAUAGCAUGUAUGAUGUUUUACAUCUGGUGUCAUUUAUACCACAAAUACUGUCGAGUGAGCUAAACUUGAACCUGGAAUAUUUCUGUAAGCAUCUGGUAACCAGCUCAGUUUUUUGCCCCAAAUUCAAGUAAAGCUUAUGGCACUUUUCCACCGAACGUUACGGUUCGACUCGCCUCGACUCGCUUUACUUUUCUGAGCUUGCAUUUCCACUGCAGUUUAGUGCCGCAUCAAUGUGGGCGGGAUUAUAGGAUGAUCGUCGUAGUUGCGCCAACUCUACUGCCGUGACAUCAUCAUAAACACGACACAAACUGACCAAAACAAUAACACGACCGCUAGCUGUUAGCUACUAGCUCAUUGUGCUGCAUAAAACAGUUGCAUGGUGAGUUUACACAAGUGUAACAGUUAAAUUGGUCUGGUUGUUUUAGAAGCUUCCAGUGGCUGCUCAACUAAAUAAAGUGAAGCUUUCAAGAAGAGUAACAAAACAUACCAUCCUCCAUUGUGGACUCCAACAACACUCUCCCUCCCAUUGCUCACGGGUCUAUUGCUAUGAUGACGUCCAUUUGGUCGAACCACUCCAGCUGUUGUGGUCCUUGAUGUUCUGUAGUCACUUUUAAGUUUAUUUACUUUUCCCUACACUGUUGGUGGUCCGGUGGUAGCCACGUGUGGCCAACAGCUGAGACACUUCAUGAGAGACUUUAUCGUUUCGACUCAACACUAACGAGUGGACUGUCUGCACCUCGUUUACUGACCGCGGCGUGGGUGCUGCUAUCGCUGUUGCUAACUUUAAAACUAGCGGGUUGAUGUCACGUGUCGGAAAUCCAGUGACGCUGCUAGUGAAGAUUCUCCCUGACCAAUCAGUGAUCGGCAGGGUUAUGACAUCACAUUUAGUAUCGGCUCGGCUCGCUUGGAACCUCGACCGAGGUGGUACUAAAAUAAGUACCAGAUACCAUCAACAGUGGAGUCGAGCUGUAUGGUGCAGUGGACAAGCCCCAUUUGAUUGGUUCAGAGGGUUGUUUGUGAACUGGGGAUAUUAAACGAGUUUUUAGAUGUUGCAUGACAUUUCUUUUGAGUUCAGUAGCUGCCCAUUAAAAAGCAUCUUGAGAUAA